GUGAACUUGGACAAGACAUUUCCUUUUUGGGGGCCUGGGGUUCUACACCUGCCAAAUGAAGGGGUUGGACUGAAAAACCUCUAACAGCUAUCUCUGACCUUCUGUGAAAGACAUUAAGAGAAACAGGGAUAUGGGCACGGAAAGGUGGAGAGCACUUCAGAGCAAGCUUUGCUCCUUUCAUUGUUUGGCAUAGGGCUGUCCCUGGCCAGAAGACUGGGAUCAGUAGAGACAAGUCUACAGAACACCCUCGAAACCACAAGUGAGAAAGCAAGCCCCAAAAAGUGAGCGACUAUGUCACUGCUAGGUGCAGUGUCUCCAGGCCACAGAGAGAAGAGGACCUUGGGCUCCAGAGGUGCAUGGUGGGCAAGAAAGAAGACUCCAAGGAAGGUGGUGGGCUGGUGACCUAGUGAGCGUUAGAGAAAGGCUACUUGGUGUCUAGAGAGCCAGAAGAACACGGGGCCUGAAGGGAAGCGGAUGAAACUUGCCCAACCCCUGGAGACUUCAGCCAUGCCCCAUAGUUCUGACAGCAGCGACUCCAGCUUCAGCCGCUCACCCCCACCCAGCAAUAAACAGGAUUCCUCAGAUGACGUGAGGAAAGUUCAGAGAAGGGAGAAAAACCGUAUUGCAGCUCAGAAGAGUCGACAAAGGCAGACACAAAAAGCAGACACGUUACAUUUGGAGAGUGAAGAUCUGGAGAAACAAAAUGCAGCUCUCCGUAAGGAGAUCAAGCAGUUGACGGAGGAAAUGAAGUAUUUCACCUCAGUGCUGAGCAGCCAUGAGCCACUGUGCUCCAUCUUGGCCACCACAUCCUCACCACCCCCUGAAGUGGUCUAUGGAGCCCACACCUUCCACCAGUCCCACGUCAGCUCCCCGAGAUUCCAGCCCUGAUCCUACCACCAUGAGAAGAGCAUUAGAGACUCUGACAUUCAAUGGCAGAGAUUCCUCCCUAGGAUUUCCAGUGGGAGAGUCCGCAGAAGACACAAAAUUCUGGUGAAGGGAACAUAAACUGUUUUCACACCAGCAGCCUCAUCCAUCUCCUGCUGAAUUAUCUCCCCUCUCGAGAAAGAAGGAGGUGGAGAGUGGGGUGCAGAUGACAUGAAUGACUGAUGAGGGUAGGCAUGGAAUGCCAGAACUUCUUGCCUUGUGUGCCCAGCACACAGUGUGUAUCCGUACCUUUUACUGAAUGUAUGGCCAAUGGAUAUGAAGAGCAACAGAGACAAUAGAAUGGAAAGAGAUUUAUUUUUCUAAAUAAAAGGUAAAAGAAGUAAAUUUCAAAAAGGGAUGAUUUCUCCCUCCAUUUUCCCCCUUUGACUUUCUGAUCACAAAGUUUCUUUUCAAAUGGACCAUAUAAACUCCAAGAGGGCAAGAACUGUUUCACUUCUGUUAUUGUAUCCCCUAACAGUAUCUGGCGUGCAUAGCAGGUGCUUAAAUAAAGCUUGUUGAUUGACUGAU